ACAAUGUUGGCCAGGAACCCAAGUACCACUAGCAGCCCGUUCCCGGUUCCCGGCCGGCCGUCAGCAACAUGGACCUGGAGUGCGACAGGUGCGACAUCUGCACCGAGCGCUUCGACGGCGCCGACCGCCUGCCCAAGGUCCUGCCGUGCGGGCACACGGCCUGCCUGCAGUGCCUGCGCCGGCUGCCCCUCAGCAGCUGCCCGACGUGCCGCCAGGACUUCAACGGCCCGCCAGAGGGACUCAUCACGAACUUCUUGGCGCUGAAGUUGUUGGAGGGAGUCAGGCUGGACAGCACUUCCCUCUGGUGCUCGGACUGCCGCACCGCCCCGUCGCCCCGCUGCUGUGGUGAGGACCACGACGUCAUGCCCGUAAGGAGAGCCCUGAAGCGCCAGCUGCAGGGUGCGCUGCCGCAGGCCGCCGAGCAGCUCCAGGGUCUCCAGGACCAGUGCCGGGAGGAGCAGGCCCUCCCCGCCCUCACACUGCUGACCAGCGAGUCUUGGGACGUGACGCUGCGGGGCGGCGGCCGUGAGCUGACGGGGACCCUGCGGGACACCGAGGAGCCCCUCACCAAGGCCCUGUGCUUCCUGCUGGCGGCGAGGGUUGCGCUCACCGAGGACCGGGCUAGUGCACGGGCUCCACCACCUGCAGCUGCGCCCGCACCACCUGCAGCUGCGCCCGUACCAUCUGCAGCUGCGCCCGCACCUCCUGAAGCUCCCCUUGCCGCCCGCGACCUACCACCUGCCGAGGCGCAACUCCCGCUGGAGAUGGAUGUAGACAAGAUCACCCUCAGUCGACCCGACGAAAAGAAGCAGGAGAAGGCCGCCGCCUUGCGGGACGCGCCAGGGGUGACCCGGCUGCUCGGCCUGGACUGCGAGGAGGACCCCGCCUGGAGCCUGCAGCUGCUGCAGCUCGCCGGGCCUACGCUGGAGCGGCUGCGCGUGGAUUGGGCCGAAGAGGCCCACCUGCUCGCCGUGCACGCCAUGCCGCGGUUGAGGAGGCUGCACGUGGAGGGUCCUAUGAUCUACGACUCGUCCGCCGAGCCCCCCGUGCUGCCCGCGCUGCCGCCGGGACACGCUGGCCUGCAGUGGCUCUGCGUGUGGUACCUCCCCCGUGCCACCACACAGUCCCUGCUGCGGGCGCACGGCGGCACGCUGGAGGAGCUGAGGCUGUACGUGGGCACGGCGGGGCGUAAAGAGUGGCCAACGAACUGCAGCGACCUGCACUCGCUGCUGGAGCAGAGCGGGCUGCGGGCGCUCAGGAGGAUCGUGCUUGGGAGGUGCGGCGACAGACACAAGCCGGCCGCCUGCAGCCAGCAGCGCGCCGAGGUGCGACGGGUGCUGCCCAGGGCCGAGGUGCUCUGCAGCAAGUGUGACAAAUUGGGGGCGGAUGAGCUCUAGGGGAGGGGGGGCAGCGGCUGUGCAGCUGUGCCCCCGCCACGCUUUGGCAGCGAGUUAAAUAUUCUUCGGAUCACAAAUUAUGCUAUUAGCACAUUUGAAAUGUGUUUUUGUUUCCUGUACUUUUUGGUCAUUGCCCUAAUUUUUUCUGUCAGUUCAA